AUGGCGCCCCUCGUCGACAACCCGCAGAUCACGCAGUCGGAGCUGCUGCGUCCGCUGCCCUUCUACCUGCACACCUACGUGUGGCCGUUCGCCAUCGCCUGGCCCAUCUUCUUCCGCUACUACCUCUCCGAUGAACUCUACGAGAAGCACAUUGGCGCCCAGGAGUGGACCUUUGUGUGGUGCGGUGCCAUCUUCAGCAUCCAGUCGCUGUUCUGGCUGAGCACCCACUGGAGCGUCAACCUCGAGGGCAAGUUCCGGGCGUCCAAGGCCAAGAACAUUGACGAUGCCGAGUUGAUCAAGAUUAUCCCCAUCGCCAACGCCGGAUCCCCCGCCAUUGUCAAGUUGAUUCGCGACAAGGCCGGCGGCAAGGUCAACCUCUCGUUCCUCUUCCAGAAGCGCCGUUUCCUCUACGACCCCGAGACCAAGGUCUUUGCCACUCUCCAGUACGACAUCGACCUCGAGCCCAAGCCCACCAUCGGCCAGUUCCAGACCUCCAAGGGUAUCGCCAAGCAGGCCGAGCUUGAGCGCAUCGAGCAGCACUAUGGCCCCAAUACCUUCGACAUUCCCGUCCCCACCUUCACCGAGUUGUUCCAGGAGCACGCCGUGGCGCCCUUCUUCGUCUUCCAGAUCUUCUGUGUUGGUCUGUGGAUGCUCGAUGAAUACUGGUAUUACUCGCUCUUCACCCUCUUCAUGCUCGUCGCAUUCGAGAGCACCGUCGUCUGGCAGCGUCAGCGCACCCUGGUCGAGUUCCGCGGCAUGGGCAUCAAGCCCUACGACAUGUGGGCGUUCCGUCUGGGCAAGUGGACUGAGGUUCAGAGCGACCAUCUCCUCCCCGGCGACUUGGUCUCUGUUGGCCGCACCAAGGAGGACAGCGGCGUCGCAUGUGAUAUGAUUCUCGUUGAGGGCACCGCCAUCGUCAACGAAGCCAUGCUUUCUGGCGAGAGUACUCCUCUCCUCAAGGAUUCCGUCCAGCUCCGCCCUGCCGACGCCCCCCUCGACCCCGAAGGCUUGGACAAGAACUCGUUCCUCUGGGGCGGCACCAAGGUCCUCCAGAUCACCCACGGAAACCCUGACGUGGAGAAACCCAAGCUUGCUUCCGGCGUUCCCACUCCCCCCGAUAACGGUGCCAUGGCCAUCGUCAUCAAGACUGGAUUCGAGACCUCCCAGGGCAACCUUGUCCGAACCAUGAUCUACUCGACCGAGCGUGUCUCGGCCAACAACGCCGAGGCCCUCUUCUUCAUUCUGUUCCUUCUGAUCUUCGCAAUUGCCGCUUCCUGGUAUGUCUGGGACGAGGGUGUCCGCAAGGACCGCAAGCGUUCCAAGCUCCUCCUGGACUGUGUCUUGAUUGUCACCAGCGUCGUCCCCCCUGAGCUGCCCAUGGAACUGAGUCUCGCUGUCAACACUAGCUUGGCUGCUCUGGCCAAGCUUGCCAUCUUCUGUACUGAGCCUUUCCGUAUUCCCUUUGCCGGCCGCGUUGAUGUUGCCUGCUUUGACAAGACUGGUACCCUUACCGGUGAGGACCUCGUCGUCUUGGGUAUUGCUGGACUUGGCCUCGGCCACGCUGAGAUCAAUGACAAGAAGGAAUCUGACGGCGCCCACUCUGCCAUCAUCCCCGUCAUGGAGACUAGCAUGGAAACCAAGCUGGUUUUGGCCACUGCCCACGCCCUUGUCAAGCUCGACGAAGGUGAAAUUGUCGGUGACCCCAUGGAAAAGGCGACCCUGAGCUCUCUCGGCUGGACCCUCGGCAAAAACGACCUCCUCUCAAGCACCAACAAGGCUGGCAGCACUCACGGCAACGUCCAGAUCAAGCGUCGAUUCCAGUUCUCGUCUGCCCUCAAGCGCCAGAGCUCCGUCGCCAUGGUUCACGGUACCGACUCCAAGACUGGUCACAAGAUCAAGGGUACGUUCGCUGGUGUCAAGGGCGCGCCCGAGACCAUCAUGAAGAUGCUUUCGGUUGUUCCCGACGACUACGAGGAGACGUACAAGUACUUUACUCGCAAGGGUUCUCGUGUCCUCGCUCUGGCCUAUAAGCAGCUUACCAUCGACUCCGAGCUUGGCUCUGCCAAGGUUAACGACUUGAAGCGUGAAAAGGUCGAGUCUGACCUCACCUUUGCCGGUUUCCUGGUCCUGCACUGCCCUCUCAAGGAAGACGCCAAGGAGGCUGUACAGAUGUUGAACGAGAGCAGCCAUCGUGUGGUCAUGAUUACUGGUGACAACCCCCUUACCGCCGUACACGUCGCCCACGAGGUCGAGAUCGUCGACCGUGAAGUUCUCAUUCUGGACGCCCCUGAGGACAACAAGGGUGAAAGGCUUGUGUGGAAGAGCGUCGACGACAAGAUCAGUAUCGACGUCGACCCUACCAAGCCCAUCGACCCCGAGAUUCUGCGCACCAAGGAUAUCUGUGUUACCGGCUACGCCCUCGCCAAGUUCAAGGGCCAGCCUGCCUGGAACUCCCUGCUUCGAUACACCUGGGUCUACGCCCGCGUGUCCCCCAAGCAGAAGGAGGACAUUCUUCUCGGACUCAAGGACAUGGGCUACUACACUCUGAUGGCCGGCGACGGCACCAACGACGUCGGCGCUCUCAAGCAGGCUCACAUCGGUAUCGCGCUUCUCAACGGAACCAAGGACGACCUCGUGCGCAUCGCCGAGCACAGCCGCAACACCAAGAUGAAGGAGAUGUAUCAGAAGCAGAUCGACCUGAUGAAGCGCUUCAACCAGCCCGCCCCCCCGGUUCCCAUCAUGAUUGCCCACCUGUACCCUCCCGGCCCCGGCAACCCGCAGUUCCUCAAGGCCAUCGAGCGUGAGGCCAAGAAGAAGAACAUUACCCCUGAGGAGUACGCUGCCCAGCAAAACUACGGCCCUCUCGAGACCAUCACGUCGCCCGGUGCCCAGAGCCUCAUCAACGCCGCAAACCCCCGCCAGGCCGAGGCCACCAAGAAGGCCGCCGGAUUCGCCGACAAGCUUGCCUCUGGCAUGAUGGAAGCCGAGAUGGGAGAUGACGAGCCACCCACGCUCAAGUUGGGUGACGCCUCGGUCGCCGCGCCCUUCACCUCCAAGCUCCGCGACGUCAUGGCUGUGCCCAACAUCAUCCGCCAGGGCCGCUGCACACUCGUGGCCACCAUCCAGAUGUACAAGAUUCUCGCCCUCAACUGUCUCAUCAGCGCCUACUCCCUGUCCGUCCUGUACCUCGAGGGCAUCAAGUUCGGCGAUGCCCAGUACACCAUCAGCGGCAUGCUCAUGUCUGUCUGCUUCCUCAGCAUCUCCCGCGCCCGCGUCGUCGAGGGUCUCAGCAAGGAGCGUCCCCAGCCCAACAUCUUCAACGUCUACAUCAUCGGUUCCAUCCUCGGCCAGUUCGCCGUCCACAUCGUCACUCUCAUCUACAUUGCCCGACUCUGCGACAGACUUGAGCCUCGUUCCGAUGACGUCGACCUCGAGGCCGAGUUCUCUCCCUCGCUGCUCAACUCCGCCGUCUACCUCCUCCAGCUCAUCCAGCAGAUCUCGACCUUUGCCAUCAACUACCAGGGCCGCCCCUUCCGCGAGUCCCUGUCCGAGAACAAGGGCAUGUACUACGGCAUCGUGGGCGUGACCGGCCUGGCCUUCGCCUGCGCCAUGGAGCUCAUCCCCGAGAUCAACCAGGGCAUGAAGCUGGUGCCCUUCAGCAGCGAGUUCAAGAGCAACAUGACCGCCGUCAUGGUCCUCGACUACGGCUUGUGCUUCAUCAUCGAGGUCGUCCUCAAGAAGCUCUUCAGCGACUACCGCCCCCGCGACAUCGCCGAGCGCCGCCCCGACCAGCUCAAGCGCGAAGACGUCCGCCGCAAGGCCGCCGCCGCCAAGAAGGAGGAGGAAGAGGAGGCCGCGCGCAUGGAGAAGGUGGCCGAGUUUGAGCGCAAGGUCGAGGCGCGCCGGAAGAAGAUUGAGGAAUGGAAGAACAGCUACAACAACUGA